UAAAGCUCAGCAAACAAAUAAUUCUACAAUUACUGUAAGUCUGCAUAUGCAAGAAUAAAUAAUGGGUGGUGUGGCGUUGCUGUUUUUAUCCGAUAGGAGCAAUAAGGCCAGCCUACAAAUAAAUCCCUAAACCUUAUGCCUAAAACUCCAUCCAUCCAUGGUAUUCUUUUCUUUCUUCUCCUUCAUCUUCUCUUAUAGAGUUUAGAUUAGAUUAUCGUAAUAUCGUAUGAAUCAUCUAUCGUGAUGGCGAUGAAUCAUGAGUUUGGGGAAUCAUUAUCAUCUGAAUCUUCAUCAUCAAGAAGUGAGUCUUUUGUUAAUGUAUAUGAUCUGACAGAAGACUUGGUGAGAGAAAUUCUGAUGAGGUUGCCGGUGGUGGAUGUGAUAAAAAUGAAGAGGGUGUGCAAGUCAUUGUAUUCCUUAAUCAACAGCUCCGACUUCAUAGCCAAAUACUCCCUCCUCGACGGUGACAGGGAUCCUUAUAUGUUCAUCUCCAUCCCAUUUAAAGGAACUCGCGUAGUUUCCGUUUCUGACGAAGAUGAUGAUGAUGAUGAUGCAACAGUCAACAGAGUUAUCCACAUCAGACCCACACCCACACAGCCUCAACCUCAAGCCCACCGCCUUUUCUGCUACUGUUGCUGUGACGGUGUCCUUCUUGUUUCGUUUGUCGGCUUUAAAAAUAAUUGUGGACAGUUCGCCUUGUGGAACCCUGCAACUGGAGAUAUCAAGGAUGUUCCAACUUACGAUCAUUAUAAGAAUUUAAGUGAUUGUGAUGAUGGUGGUGAGGAAGAUGAUUUAUAUGUGACUAAUUAUGGAUGUGGGUUUGAUUCCAAAACUAAUGAUUACAGGCCCUUCAUCGUUCUCAGCGACAAGUGCUAUUUGUUUAAAACGGAGAUUGAGAUCUACAGCUACAAGAAGAAAAUUUGGAAAAUCAUUCAAUCUUCCGGGAUUAUUUCACAUGAAAUUGACAUGGUAUAUGCCAAUGGAUUUUGUCACUGGCCAGGAUUCAGCCGCCUUGUCGGCCCUAAUGGCAGGGAUGUAAUUGUCUCGUUUGACGUCACAAAUGAGGUGAAUACGGUGAUAAAGAUUCAUGGACUAAGCUAUUCACUAUUGGACCCCUUCAUGGCAUUCAACAUGUCCUGGGAUUUUGGAGCGAAACCAAAAUAUUUUUGGCUCAAACUGACUCGUUAGAUGAUAAUGUUGCUCAGCUGCUUCUCUAUGACACGGUUAUCCAACAACCAUUUAAUUGUCUUCAAACCAUUAAAAUGGACUCAAAUAUGUAUACCUGCCGCCUCAGCUUAUUACCAAUUGCCGCAGAUGUAUCGAAGAAAACAAAACUCAAAAGACGAGUACGAGUUCGAGUUUUGGCAAUUGAGAUUAGGAAUCAUAAUAAAAAGAUGAAGAAAAAGAUAAAGACUUGGACAGGGGAGGGCAGUGGCAACUAUUUUAUUGUGGUGAAUAAUAAGAGGGUUCUUUUGGCAGAUUGUUAAUUCCUGCAGCUACUGACCCAUAUAAUAAGCAUAUUCCACAAUCCUGCCUAAAGCCAAUAUGGCACCCUUGAACCCCUCAAGUCCCUCCCUCGCCCGACGUUACCCAGUCCCUGCCAGUUAUUCCAUACUCGUGUAUAAUGUAUUUUCAGCAAGCUCCUGUUAAAUUAAAAAUUAUUUUGUUUUUUCUAAUGUAGUUUGUUUAUAUUA